AUGUGUUUGUUAAAAUCGUUGAAUGCUAAGCGAAAAUAUGAGAACAUUAUGUCUAUACAGGUUGCCAUUCUAUCUAUCUAUCUAUCUAUCUAUCUAUCUAUCUAUGGCAUUCUGAUUAUCUAUCUAUCUAUCUAUCUAUCCCAUUCUGAUUAUCUAUCUAUCUACAUAAGAGACCCGGAUAUAAGAGAGAUUUUCUCUGGUCCCAAAUUAGAGCCUGUAAGACUUCUUCUUCGGUCCCGAAAACUCUCUUAUAUCCGGGUUACAAUCUAUCUAUCUAUCUAUCUAUCUAUCUAUCUAUCUAUCUAUCUAUCCCAUUUUGAUUAUCUAUCUAUCUAUCUAUCUAUCUAUCUAUCUAUCUAUCUAUGCCAUUCUGAUUAUCUAUCUAUCUAUCUAUAUAUCUAUCUAUCUAUCUAUCUAUCUAUCUAUCUGUGCCUUUCUGAUUUUAUUUCAAUCGAAUAUUUCUGGGCAGAUGGAAUUGGUGAGAAGACUGUUGUCUAG